CCCCGCUCCGCCACCGCCUCACCGCGCGGCGCCGCUCGGGCCAUUUUGCGGCGCGAUGAGGCGGGAGCGGCGGUGAGCAGCGCUCGGCAGCAGCGUCCGGUCCGCUCCGGUCCGCACCGCACCGGGACCCGGCCCCAGGGGAGCGCAGGGAGAGGGAGCUUCAACCAGGGCACAACCAGACCCCCAGAGCCCCCCGCCCCUCAGCGCCGGCCCUCGGCGGCGCGGCGGAGCCAUGAGCUGGGGCACGGAGCUGUGGGACCAGUUUGACAACUUAGAAAAACACACGCAAUGGGGUAUUGAUGUGCUGGAAAAGUUCAUCAAGUUUGUGAAAGAAAGAACAGAGAUUGAACUCAGCUAUGCAAAGCAGCUUAGGAAUCUUUCGAAGAAAUAUCAACCCAAAAAGAACUCCAAAGAGGAGGAGGAAUACAGGUACACAUCAGCUAGAGCCUUCCUAGCCACUUUAAAUGAAAUGAAUGACUAUGCUGGACAGCAUGAGGUCAUCUCAGAGAACAUGACCUCUCUUAUCACUGGAGAGCUAACGCGCUAUGUGCAGGAGCUGAAGCAAGAGAGGAAAUCGCACUUCCACGAUGGCAGAAAGGCACAACAACAUAUUGAAACUUGCUGGAAACAACUUGAAGCAAGUAAAAGGCGCUUUGAGCGUGAUUGCAAAGAAGCAGAUCGAGCACAGCAGUAUUUUGAGAAAAUGGAUGCUGACAUCAAUGUUACAAAAGCAGAUGUUGAAAAGGCAAGACAGCAGGCCCAGCUGCGACAUCAAAUGGCAGAAGACAGCAAAGCAGAGUAUUCUUCCACUCUACAGAAGUUCAACAGCGAGCAACAUGACCAUUACUACACACACAUACCACACAUCUUCCAGAAAAUACAAGAGAUGGAGGAAAGAAGAAUUGUGAGGAUAGGUGAAUCCAUGAAAACUUUCGCAGAGGUCGACCGCCAAGUGAUCCCUAUCAUUGGGAAGUGUCUGGAUGAAAUAACAAAGGCUGCGGAAUCAAUUGAUCACAAGAAUGAUUCCCAGCUGGUAAUAGAAGCCUUUAAAUCAGGGUUUGAGCCCCCGGGAGACGUUGACUUUGAGGAUUUCACGCAGCCAAUGAAGCGGACUGUCUCGGAAUCCAGCCUUUCCAACUCCAGAGCGGAUGGGAGGCCUGAGCCGAAGUUUGGUGGCAAAUCCAAGGGCAAGUUAUGGCCAUUCAUCAAGAAAAAUAAGCUUAUGUCCCUUUUAACAUCCCCCCAUCAGCCCCCUCCUCCUCCCCCUGCCUCUGCCUCACCCUCUGCUGUUCCCAACGGCCCCCAGUCUCCCAAGCAGCAAAAGGAACCCCUCUCCCAUCGCUUCAACGAGUUCAUGACCUCCAAACCCAAAAUCCACUGCUUCAGGAGCCUAAAGCGCGGGCUUUCUCUCAAGCUGGGAGCAGGGCCAGAAGACUUCAGCAAUCUCCCACCUGAGCAAAGAAGAAAGAAGCUUCAGCAAAAAGUUGAUGAGCUGAACAGAGACAUUCAGAAGGAGAUGGAUCAAAGAGAUGCCUUAACGAAAAUGAAAGAUGUGUAUAUCAAGAACCCACAGAUGGGAGAUGCAGCAAGUGUGGACCACAGACUAGCAGAACUUGGGCAGAACAUCGAGAAGUUACGAUUGGAAGUUCAGAAGUUUGAGGGCUGGCUGGCAGAGGUGGAGGGCAGGCUGUCCAUGCGCAGUGAGGCCCGGCGCCAGAGUGGACUCUAUGAAGCCCAGAACAGCUCAGCAGUCAACAGCUGUGCACAGGACCGGGAGAGCAGCCCAGAUGGCAGUUACACAGAAGAGCAAAGUCAGGAGACUGAGAUGAAAGUACCUGCAACGGAUUUUGACGAUGAAUUUGAUGAUGAAGAACCACUACCCACCAUAGGAACAUGUAAAGCGCUCUAUACAUUUGAAGGUCAGAAUGAAGGAACAAUUUCUGUAGCAGAAGGAGAAAUGCUCUAUGUAAUAGAAGAAGACAAAGGUGACGGAUGGACACGAAUCCGAAGGAAUGAAGAUGAGGAGGGCUAUGUCCCUACGUCAUAUGUUGAAGUCUAUUUGGACAAAAAUGCCAAAGGUGCUAUGACUUAUAUUUAAUACUAUUAUUAUUACUACUUUAUUUGCUUUCACAGAGAUACCCAGCCCUGAAACUCCUCUGUGUUGCAGAUAGAGCCUUUUAAAAGUCUGUACGAUGCCACAAAGUGCAUUACUUUGUACGUGGACUAAUAUGGCUUGCUGUACUGCAAAAAGUGCUUUUCAUUGCUCAGAGAAGGGUAGUGUGGUAGACUGUCAAUAGAGGGAACUGCAGCCUCUACCAGACAGUGCUUGGUCAGUUGCCAUUGCACGGUCAACUUAGUGCAGGAAACACAAAGCCAUUUGGGAUAACACGGGCUCUCCUCAGAUAUCCAGGUGGCAUCUCAGACAUGUUACUCAUUCACAAGUCAGCUGUUUGCCCCAAAAGGAUUCAGUGGGGUGUUAUAUAGGAAGUAUUUUGACUGCUGUUUUGUGUCACAGUGCGGUAGCUUUUCAGAGUGUAAUGUGCUCUGUGGACCUUUGGAUUGAAACCUGGUUGUCAUUUAGUUUGUGUUUGGAAGGAGAAGCAGAGAUUUUGCCAGAACCUGCCUACACAGCACUCUGGUCCUUGAUAAAUAAGUAAAACAUUAAGAAAGGUCCUCUAAUCUUUCCUACCUUGAUACAUUUCAGAAGAUGGAUUUGCUGUUUCAGAUAAGCAUAACUUCAUCUUUUGCUCACACAAGAUCAGUGGAGACAUUCAGUGUUUUGACUCCUCAAUCCUCUGUUUCUUUAUCGCCAUUAACUCCUCACAGAUGGGUGUAUUGUGUAAGCAAGCAGUGCUGCAGGGGAAUCCUGGCUGGAUUAUAUCCUACAAAUCUAUAGCUGGUAAUGUAACACACCAGGAAAUCAAAGAUCUCAGUCCUGCUUCAAAUCAGGAUGUGUUUGAAGUUCAUUGUUAAAUAAUGUGCAGCUUUUUUAAGUCACGUAAUCCUUCAGAUAAUUGUUGUUUUUCCUAGACCUUAGAGCUCUUGGUGUGAAAGAAGCUGCCUCAUCCAGUUCAAAAGAAAACUGAACCAUUCCCAUUGGGAUUUACAGGCAGUAGGAGCUGUCUCUGUAAACAAACACUAUAGUUUGAUCAGUUCACUGUCUUGGACUCAGUAUUAAGCAGUGCAGUGCCUUGUCUGCUGCAGAUGAAAGUCUGGGCUCUUGCUUUAUUUUGCCAUAAUACAGUAGUUUUAUAUUUGUUUUGGCAAAUACAGGGUCAGUUGAGAUGCAGAAGAGUGCAGAAAGCUCAGCCCCUCUGUUGGUUUUAUUAACCUUUGACAGAGGAACGUGGAUCAUACAAUCUCCUUAUCUCAUAUUUGAGCAAGGCAGAAAGUGCAGAACAGGAGAUCCCAUCUCUUAUUCCAGUAUUCUCUCCUGUGGAGAUUGACUGCUUUGUGUGUGGCAAUACUUGAAAUCAACAUCGUUAUUACGCUGCUGGCAAUGUUGUUUUCGACAGCGCUAUUAUGUUGUUGUUCAGCAGUGCAGGCUGCAUGAAACAGCUAAGCAAGCGUGGCAUCUGAAUCUGUUUCACAUGAGGAGCAUGGCUCUCCUGCCCUCUGAUGCACAACGUGGUUCCCAUCAGUGGAACCCAUCAGCAAGUCACCCGUUUACAAGCAGAGCGGCAGGCUGGGUGGGAAGGGAAGCAAAGCAUCUCUCUCUGUGAUUUACCCUGCUAGAGAGGCUGCUGCAGGAGUGUUUCUGGCAAUAGCAGCCGGAAAAUUGUGUCAGUGCAUUAGUGGUAUAAUGUAAGUUACAGGAUGGUGCUGAAUGAUGGUGAAACUGCAGUGUGUGCUGGGAGUGAAGGAUGGUUCCAGUUGCAGCCACUUCAGGAGCAAACCCAAAUGUAUCUGUGAAUAUCCAACAUAAAGGAGCUACGUUAUUUACCUUUGCAGAAAGCGUCCCAAUAGCAGGAUAAAGAUUUGGGGGAAGCGCUGCUGUGUUUAAAAGACAAACUUGGUUGCAAGCUGCAAGUCUCUAUUAGUUGAAGUGACUUUAUUCAUUCCCUGCAGCAGAAAUAAUGACAUUCUGAAAGUGACACCAUAAGUACUAAAACAUUUGCAAAGUUUAGCAGUCCUUUCCUCUUGGAAUGAAGCUUGAGCAGCUGAUGCCUCUCCAGGUUGGUUGGAUGCAGGGUGGGAGCACUCACAGCAGCUCUGAGUACAUCAGUGACUCUUUCAGCAGCAGCAUCAGCUCUGGCUCAGGUGUAUGAGGUUGUGCUGGUGCCAUGAGCCAGAGGCAGCUCUGCCCAAGAACCUGCUAAAUCCUUUGUGAAAAGCCUGUUCUCAGGGCUCUGCCUGACCUUGGAUGAGCAGACAGGUAAGUGCUGCAGUCACCUCCUGAUCACAGCCAUCACUGCAGCCAAGCGCUAGGGCUGUUUGUAAGGUUUACACUGACACCUUCACGCACAGGGUGUUAGCAAACCCCAUCACAAACCCAACAGUAACAUCUGUAAUGCCUGUCUUGUUCUGCCUUUUUUCUUCCAGAUGUGUACAAAUCACUUGAGAAAAUCUGAGUAGGUUUCAUAGGCCUGUUCACCUCUUAUCCCACUGGUUUGCUGCUACUGGUGUUUUAAGAGCUCUGUGUCAGAAGGUUUUCUUUGCAAGAGAUGAAUGCACAUGUUAUACCUCCUUCAGUGAAAGACUCUGUUAGGUACCGUCCACUCAGCUGAUGCAUGUAUAAGUUCACCUCUUGAAAUCCAGCUGUGCAUCACAGCCGAUGAAAGCACUGGCCUGACUGUGCAUCCAUAUAGUUGUAAACAGCAUUGCUGUUGCCCUUCCUAUUAGAAGUGAGCCACCCAGUUCAUUCUGUGAUGCCUGCAGGAAGCUUGUGAAUGCUAAAAACCAUGCAGACUAGGAAUCGGAUCUAUUGGAUGUUUUGGGGCUUACACCAACCUGUCACUGCUAGGGGAUGAGGAAGAGAAUUCCCUCUUGCACACACAGUGUAGCUCCUUGCAGGGCUUUUCGGGCCCUACCUGUCAGGUACCUGGUGCUGGCAACUGAACACAGGAACUAGGUGCACCUUUCUGCUUCAGACUGACCAUACUGUGUUAUUGAAGAUGGUACCUCAUGAUCUUCUUGGGAACAAAACCCUCUGUCACUGAGGGAUGUUGUGAAAUAGCAGGAUACACAAAAGGACUUGUAUGGAACAACCAGCUUUAUGUAAACUCUCCAUUGCUCCCAAAAAUGCCAUGUUCCCUUCUGCCAGAAAGCCUGGUUCUUUGGGUGACAUGCAAGUAAUAGAGGCUGUUCUAUGAAGUUCAGCUUCCAAGUUAACAGCAUUUGGGAACGUUUCAGCUCCUUUGCCACUUGAGUGUUCCCUCUCACCUCCAAUUCCACAGAUAAAUCCUUGUAGAGGGCUCUGGGAUUCUCAGUGUUGCAGCUCUGCUGUUUGUUUGCUGUAACCAGUAAGCAGAGCCUUGACUUAAAUAAAUCAAUAGGUAAAAGUUAACUCUGCUGAUGCACUUUUCAUCUAGGAUAUUUCUGAUUAUUUAAUGCUUGCCAAAUUAUUUAGGAAACAGGAAUUCUAAACUGGACUGUAGCUGUUUUUAAAUCCUCUUGUUAAAUACUUGCCCUUAGUUCCCCCAGUCUAUAUAAAACAAAUGUAUAUAACAUAACUUAAAGUUACUUGAAUUGUGUUUAUCCUUUUAUAUAUGUAUAAUAUAAAUGGGUUUAUAGGCGGUUUCUCUGUUUAACCUUGCUGCUGUUUGACAACUGCUCAGUCCCUCUCACCUUGACAAGUGUUUUGGUUACUCCGCUGCCUUCAGCUGGUUGGAUGUGUGCAGCUCAGGUCUGAUGUGUUCAGGUCUGUUCACUGUGGCCAGUGUUGUGGUGGGUUUGUUUCUAUUCUGAAGGAGUUAUCCUCUGUCAGGCAUCUCUCCGUAGCUCCAUGUGCUGUGCUGUCUGCUAAUAAACAUUGUAUUUUCUCA